AACAACAUUUCAUCAUAUUGAAUAUAUCUCUUUCUCUCUCUCACUCUCUCUCUCUUUCUCCAUGCUAACUAGCAACUCUUUCUUGUUUGGUGCUCCUUCUAAUUAUUCUGAUCCAUUUUCUUCUCCAGAAAAUGGUUUUAUUAUCAAAAGAAAAAGAAGACCUGCUGGUACUCCAGAUCCCGAUGCACAAGUUGUGUAUCUAACAGCUGAGAUGUUAAUGGAAUCUGAUCGUUACGUUUGUGAAAUCUGCAAUCUUAGCUUUCAAAGAGAGCAAAAUCUUCAAAUGCAUCGUCGUCGCCAUAAGGUUCCAUGGAAGUUGAAGAAGAAGGAAGAAGAGAAAAAUGAGAUGGAUCAAGUGAUUAAGAAGAGAGUAUAUGUGUGUCCAGAGCCAAGUUGUGUGCACCAUGAUCCUUGUCAUGCACUAGGUGAUCUUGUUGGAAUCAAAAAACAUUUUAGAAGAAAACAUAGUAAUUACAAACAAUGGAUUUGUCAAAAAUGCAACAAAGGUUAUGCUGUUCAAUCAGAUUAUAAAGCUCACAUCAAAACUUGUGGUACUAGAGGCCAUUCUUGUGAUUGUGGAAGAGUUUUCUCUAGAGUUGAAACAUUUAUUGAGCAUCAAGAUUCAUGCAAACCACAAAGUACAACUUCUAAAGAAUGCCAUGAUGUGCAAAUACCAAAACCAUUUUUCUUGCCUACUACAACAACUACUACUACUCAUAUCUCACAUGAUCAAUAUUCAAGAAUAUUGCCUAAUCUUGAUCUUGAACUUUUCACUUCUCCAAAUUAUUAUAACCAAAACACACACAAUUAUUCUCAUUUGUCAUCAUUUGUUGGUCAAAGUGAUCAUGUUCAUCAUCAUAAUAAUAAUAAUUACAUAGUCCAAAACAAUAAUGAAGUCAAAGAAAUCGUUGAAGAGGCAACAACACAAGUAUCAAGAUUGAAAAGUGAAGCAAAUGAAAUCCUCAAAUUAGCAAUGGAAGAAAAGGCAAUGGCUAUAGAGAAGAGACAAGAAGCAAAGUGUUUGAUUGAAUUAGCCAAUCAUGAAAUGGCUAAGGCAAUGGAAAUUAGACAAAGUGUUUGUGCUUCUUCUUCAUCAUCAUCAUCACAUGUCAUGAAGAUAAUAAAAUGUAGUUCUUGUAAUAAUAAACAAUUUCAAAGUGUGUCAUCAUCAAAAGAUGCUACUUUGAUGACUAAUAAUUAUUAUUUGUCAUCUUCCAUUUAUAGAAGAUGAUG